UGGUAGUGGACAACAGGUGAUUGUACUGUACUAACUCAUUGGUGCUUUGGCCUUUGGUGUUUGUGUGGCUUUUCUCCUAGGGCGAGUUGAAAACCUAGGGAGUUCAGGAGUCUUCAGUGGUGGACCAGCUUUGGUUGAUCAUUACCAUUGUGGAACGGCUCUGGUCUCUGCCUAGAUGAGGUGGUGAUCAGAUGACGAACUAUAUGAUGGUGACAUCUCCAAUAUCCAUUCCUAGACUGAAGAUAGGCUUCAACAUAUGUCUGGCUGCAUGUGUGAGUCCAGAGACUGCCUGGGAGAAUCCCAUGGUUUCCACGUGGUUACUACUAGAAAGAAAACUCCAACCGCUCCUUAGCAGCUGAGUGGACACAGGCCGGUCCCCACUGUUCCAUUCACCCCAUUUCAUUCUUCCUUUCUUUCCGUAUGAGACUGUUCAAUAGAGCAGCUUCUGUCUGGGCAGCAAGUCAGAUCUACACCACCCUUCAGUGAGGAGAGAAAGUGUUUAAUGCUUCCCAGGAACACACCGGCCAAACCAAAUGCCUGGUUGAAGUGGGCACCACUUUAAAAUAAAUCAAACUUCACCUGACCCAGAAGGAUCUUCUAGCCAGUAAACACUCACAGGAAGCCUCUACCUUGUGAAUAUUCAAAAAGGAAUUGACGGACAGAGCCCUGGGUUGGGACAUGGUAGCUGUUUCUUUGGCCAGAUUCUCAGAUGGUGUAAACUAACAUAUUUCUAUUGACUUCAAUAGAGCACUACUGAUUUAUGAACCUGAAGAUAUCUGAUCGAUCAUUGGGUAUUUAUAUCACGUGCAUCACAAUGAUUGCUGAUUAAUAUCAACAUUCUACAGCACUUUAGAAGAGGAGAGAAAGAAGAAUUCUGGAUCCAAUAGAAACUGCAGAGGAAUUUUAGGGAGGCACAAGGUUAUGUGAACGUGUCAUCUUAGGGGGCUGAGAACCUGACAGACAUUCUUGUGAAAAGUAUCACAGGUGGUUGAGCAUUUCAUCUCCUCUGGAAUAUCAUGCCUCCCACAGAACAGUCACCUGGCAUCACAGUGGGGCGUUGAUUUAGCAGUGACUCAGAGGGACAUGGGCCACCUCCUAAAUCCCCAGCAACAUUUCCUGUAGUGUCUGGAUUUCCCUGGGUGGUUUCUCAAUGAAGUUAUUAUAACCAAAGACAAUGCUACAAUCUUGCAGCAUUCCCCACAGGAAAGCCAAGUCACAGCUUGCAGAAGUGUCCUGCAUCUGGUAACAGCAGCUUCAGUGAAGAGAUUGGCUUCAGGCAAUGGCCACUUCAGUGGGGACAUUCCCAGCUGCUCUGUUGACUCCAACACCUGCUUUCCAGCUGACAGCAAAUACCACCAGUGAAGGUGAGGAGAAUUGCGUCUUCAAUGAGGAGUUUAAAUUCAUCCUGCUGCCUGUGUCUUAUGCGUUUGUCUUUGUGGUGGGGCUGCUGCUCAAUUCCUGGGCCUUGUGGAUGUUCAUCUGUAAGAUGAGACCCUGGAACGCCACCACCACCUACAUGUUCAAUCUGGCCGUCUCAGACACUCUGUAUGUGCUUUCUCUCCCCACCCUGGUCUAUUACUAUGCUGACCGCAACAACUGGCCCUUUGGGGAGGGACUCUGCAAGAUUGUGCGCUUCCUCUUCUAUGCCAACCUAUAUUGUAGCAUAUUGUUCCUCACCUGCAUCAGCGUGCACCGCUACGUGGGGAUCUGCCACCCCAUUCAGUCGCUUGGGUGGGUAAAGACCAAGCAUGCCCGCCUCAUUUGCGUGGGUGUGUGGUUCGUUGUCACCAUCUGCCUCAUACCCAACCUGAUCUUUGUCACCAUCAGCACCAGGGGCAACGACACCCUUUGCCAUGACACCACCAAGCCCGAAGAGUUUGACCACUAUGUGCACUACAGCUCCUCAAUCAUGGUCCUCCUCUUUGGCAUCCCCUUUCUGGUGAUCGUCGUGUGCUACAGCCUGAUGGCUAAGAGCCUUUGGAAACCCAGCCUAUCCAGCUCCAACCAGAGCAUCCCCUUCUACAAGAAACGCUCUAUCAAGCUUAUCAUCAUUGUAAUCACAGUCUUUGCCAUCUGCUUCCUACCCUUCCACAUCACACGGACACUGUACUAUACUGCCCGGCUCUUCCAAGCCAACUGCAGGACCCUCAACAUCGUCAACUUCACCUACAAGAUCACACGGCCUCUGGCCAGCAUCAACAGCUGCAUAGACCCCAUCCUGUACUUCUUGGCUGGGGAUAAGUACAGGGGAAGGCUGCGUCGGGCUGCGCUCAAAAUGCCCAAAUCUGAGAACCCAUCUACUCUAGCCCUCGUCUCACAACUCAAGAAGAAUGGCUUCUCCACCUCCCGAGGUGCCAGCUACUCCAUGAAUGAUGCCUGAAAAAAGGGGGUGAAACUGACAGACAAUGGAAGCAGCAAGGGGUAUUGAAAGGGCUAGAGCCUGGGGAGCCAGUAUGCAUCUAGGCCAGAAUGUGGGACCAGCAUUAGGGAGGCCAGUAGAGUUGCUGGGUUAGUCUCACUCCAGAAUGGAGGUCUUCUCCAUCUCCUCCUAAUCUCUGUGAAUUAUUUCCCCACUAUGCUGUGUCUGCUUCUGACACAUUCUGGCACCAGGUUUAACCUCUGAAUGCUUUUGAACUAGGUUUACACUCCCACUCUCAAAGCAUGCGCCACUCCCUCAGACAGACUGAACAGCUAUCUCAGAGCCAGGGAUAGUCCGUGUCUUGUCACAGCAUGGGAGAACUGCCCAGAGUAAUGCCAAUGGGAGUGCAGAGAGAAGAGACCCCUACGUCCCAUAAGGAAAUGGAGGAGGCCAGAGGGAUUGUCUUAUGAAGAGUACGAGAGACUCAUAGGUAGUGAAUUCCCUGCUUCAGACGCAAGUUGGGGCAGAGCAGUGGGAAGGGAGAGGACACGGUGACACUUCGCUGGUCAGAAGCCUAGGAACCCAGAAGCCCCAGUGCCUGAGGCUGAGAGCAAAGAGAUGGAGGAUUUUACCAUAGGAAAGGAGCCAGCAAGUGACCACAGGCCACAAAACUGGCCUCCUGAGUCUUUUGGGAGAAGCCCAAGUAGGCUGUUUCAAGUAGCCUGGGGCCCUGGGCUACUGACAAGGGAAGGUCACAGCCUAGUGUCUGCAGUACAAUGCUAGGGAGCUGAGGACUGAGCAUAGGCCAUGCUGUGUCUAAUGAUAUGCUACGUAGGUGGGGUCCAGGUGAGAAGAAAGGAACCUGUCUUCCCAGGCACAGAAAACCCAUUUAGAGCUUCCUUCAAAGUGACCCAGAGAAAAUAGAGACCCCUGCUGAAAAAUAAAUAGGGACAAUGCUGGCAAAGAAGAAUAUUUAGCACUUUAUAAACAGUAACUAAGUGACCUAAUGGGGUCAACCCUGGGUCAAAGUGCAGGGCGGGGGGAGGACAGCAGGGAGCUCCUGCAGCUAGGACUCAAGGCACAGCAUAUGCUAUUGAGGACUACACGAGGGUCAGACAGGAAAGGGGAGAAGAAAUAACUGACCUGGAUUCCUGAGCCUAGUGGGUUGGCCUUUUGCUGGCCAUACUUUCAGCAGUAGGGGGUCUCAUGUCAGGAAUCUUUCCUGACCAUGCUCAGACCACGCUAUGUCAUAGCCUGAGUCAGUAUCUGUACAGAGCAGUGGCUGCCAUGCCAACUGUGAACUCCCUGCCGGCAGAAGGGUAUCUCCUGGAUUACUGAUCGUGACUAACAUCACCUCAUUUGCCUUGCUUCCCUUUUACUGCUCUAAGAUGGGGGAAACUGAGUCUGAAUCACAAGCAAAAGUAGCUGAGCUGCUGUUGAUGGAGCAGGCACCACGCCAGCAGGCAGCCAGGGCAGGCAAGGAAGCACUUUCAGGGCACUGGUUCUAGCAAUGCAGAAGAGAGACUGGGGCUGGCUCUGGCAGGAUGAAGGUGAUGGGGUAGGGAUGCACACAGAGUUAAAGCCUGCGCAGUGGCCAUGGAAUUGUGUGUGAAUUGUAGAUGCUGUUACACGUCUCUGUCCCUUUGUGUCUGGGAGGGCAUGACUCACCAUAUAACUAACAGAGAAGGCACCACAGCACCUUUGCUCCCAACUCUCCUAGCUCCAGGUGGCUGGAGGGUGGGCAGAGCCCCCAGAGCAAUGAAGCCCAUGAAAGCAACUAAUUGAUCCAUGAAUAAAAUGUUUUCCUGAGCAAUUUUCCUAGAGCCCUGGACUGUUUAUUGCCACCAGGAAAUCAAUAAACAGGAGAGAACUGGCAUGCAUGAGAAUCUUUUAAAUGCCUCAUUGAAGGUCCAUUUGGCUUAGCCAGGCUGUGACGUGUCCAUUGCUGAAAGCUGAGAGAGGAUGGAAUGCCAGGUGACAUGUCUGCCUGGGCUCAGUGGCUUGGCACAUUUCC